AUGGCAAGCUCCGCCCUCGCCGCCAACAACCUCAACUUCAUCUACUCCCGCGGAGACUUCGCAACCGGCGGCCCCGGCGGCACCCAAACCGGCCACACCAGCGGCCUGACCAUCACCGACAACACAGGCAAAGAACUCUACAGCGAGUCCUACCCCGGUAACGCCUCUCCCUGCGCCAACCCCAACAUGGAGCUCAAGAUCACUUCGUCUUGCUGGGAGGGAGAGUUUUCUUUCAACUGCGCUGCCAGUGCCUUUGGAAGAAUCAACGGCUGUGAAGUCAAGGCUGGAGAUAACAACUUUCCUGGUAAGGUUGACUCUGAUGAGAACUUUACGGGCAUCUCGGUUUCGGUUCAGGAUGUUUGUGGUGGUGGAUUUGCGACUGGUGGGGAUUGUGGGGAGGGGGCUACUUUCGAGAUUGCCUCUCACAACCUGCGCAGACUUGGAAUAGUCGAAUAUCACCAGUUUUGA